AGCAGAACGCUGGACAUGCACGAUCCGGCCCAUGGUUUUAAAUAAACCCGGGGAGGUUGGGACACAAGCUGAAGGAUGCGAGGGGAUCUGUUUGCUCACUAGCGGGGGAACUUACUUAGUUUGUGAACACUUAUAAUUGUAAUUGCCGAGUAAAUAACGCCACCACGGUCUUUUUCUUCUCUGAGGAAGUGCCACUGAAGUUAUCGAUUUCUUGACAUCUGUAAAAGUCUUCAGUGCAGUCACCUCAGCAGCUAAGAUGGCAGCAGAAGUGUUCAGCCGCCGGCAGUGGGCAUCGCAGUCCCUGCGCAUCACCGCGAAGGAGCUGUCCCUGGUCAGCGCGCGUGGGAAGAACAACGCCAUCGCCGAGCGCUUCUCCAAGUAUCAGAGAGCUGCAGAAGAGGUGAACAUGGACAAGCGGAAAGCCACUGUGGAAACCACACCCGCUGCUCUUUGCCGUGGCAACCUGAACGCUCUGAAGCAGCGCUGGGAGCAGCAGCAGCCGGCGGCCCCGCCUCCCAGUGCCACGCCCAGUGCCACGCCCAAACCAGCCAACGCGCAGAACGGCCCCGCAGCCCCCUGGUCCCCGGUUGCCCUGGACGACGGCGGCCCCUGCCAGCUCCCAGCAGACGGAGAGAUGGAGGGAGGAGUGGAGAGGAGGAAGCAGAGAGGGGCGGAGCAGGAAGUGGAGGUGGAGGGCGAGGCCGCCGGGCGGGCCAGUCCCCAGAUAGAGAAGCCCACCGUGCCCCUCAGCAGCCUGAAGCAGAUGUUUGAGAACAGGGUUUCCAACAACUCUGAGGACCCAGAUACGCAGGAAAGAGACAGAGGGGCCCCAGAUGGGGUAAUGCCCCUGGACGACCUUCUGGAGGCCCCGCCCCUUCGUGACAGGAUGGCCCUGUACCAGGCGGCGGUGUCCAAGCAGGACACGCCCACAGCCACACACAAUAGCCCUACCAGCGAGUCCAGGAGAAAAUCAGGCCCUGCCACAGACGGCAGAGGGGAUCGAGUGGAAACUUCCAGUGCCUCACAACUGGAGAAGGGCCAGCCCAAGCCUACCAAAAAGUUUGGCGUGCCAGCGCAGGAGACGUGCGUGGCCUGCCUGAAGACGGUGUACCCCCUGGAGCGGCUGGUGGCCAAUCAGCAGGUCUACCACAACUCCUGCUUCCGCUGUUCACACUGCAGCACCAAGCUGAGUCUGGGGAAUUACGCCUCCUUGCACAGCAACGUUUACUGCAAGCCUCACUUUAGCCAGCUGUUCAAAGCCAAGGGCAACUAUGACGAGGGCUUUGGCCACCGCCCCCACAAAGAGCUGUGGGUCGCCCGGGAGGAGGGCGGGGACGAGGACCAGGACGCGGAGGAGCAGGGGAAGCUGGAGGCGGGGCAGGCAGGAAGGCGUGGGGCGGAGCCGGAGAGCCCCACGGUGGAGGAGUCGCCGCUGGCCAAGGUCAACGUCCUGGCCGCCACCCUGGAGACGCCGCCCCCCCCCGCCGAGACGCCCGAGAGGCCCGUGGAGACGCGGCGGCUCAAGAUCUCCUGGCCGCCGCCCACCGAGAGGGGAGCGGCGGGGGCCAGCCCCGCCCCGGAGGGCGGAGCCGUCAAGCCCGUCCGCGCCAAGUGGCCCCCCGAGGGCGGCGCCCCGCCCGCCGCGGAGAGCCCCGAGCACAGCGAGCUCUCCGACCUGCGCCAGAACUCCUCCCUCAAGGAGCGGAGCCGCCCCUUUUCCCGGGCAAGCCCCGCCCCCUCCCCGGACACCGGCCGCGGAAAGCAGGCGGAGAGAGGCCCGCCCGCCCCCCGGCCCGACGGCGAGGACAGAGACGCCAAGAGGGGCGUGGCGGCCACGCCCGACAACAGCGCCGUGAACGGCGGGGCCGACCCGGAAGACGAACAGGAAGCGGAAGAACAGGAGGAGGACAUGACUGGCCCAGGACAGGAAGAACAAGAGGAAGCAGACGAAAUGGGCGAAGAGAAGGAGACGAAGGAAGAGGGGGAGGAGGAGGAGGAGGAGGAAGAGGAAGAGUCCCCUCUGGAACGCCCGAUGGGUUCCCCCUCCCCCCCGGCGGAGGGAAAGCACAACCGGACGUCCCAGGACGUGGGAUUCUGGGACGGGGAGGAGAGCAGCGGGGGAGGCGAGGGGGAGGUGUCCGCCGAGGAGAUGAUCAAGAAGAAUCGCUACUACGAGGAGGAGGAGGAAAGAGCUGGCUGAGCAGGAGGACUGAGAGAGGAGCCGAGCUCCUCAAACCGACCGCGACCCGGCGGCCUGCUCUGACCGAACCCGAGUUCUGACCCAGGCGCACGGACGGAACCCGCACCGCUGCUUCACUGCAAGUCCACUUUCCACCUUCGAGCUUUAACGUUUCUCACGGUACCCCGUACUACGUACCGAACGCUCUACGACUACGACUCCCUUUUUUUAGAGAUUAUUUUAAUAAUUGAACCACGGUCUGAAUCCAAGGAUAGAUUAAACGCACGGUUUUCAGGAAUUUUGGUACUUCGUUCCAUUCCGACAUUUUUUUUUUGUUGCACUUUUUUGUAUGUUUUUAAAUGUCGAACCAAGCCAAAAAAAAAAAAAAAGGUGUCUGUAUUGUGUCUUUUAAAAUGAUUUUCCUAUGCAAUUUUCCAGCUUUUAUAUGCUGAGAAACAACACCCACUUACUAAGUAGCUGUUUUCAGACAGAGUAAGGGCUAACGCGCAAGGAAGUGGUUUUUAAUUGACCUUUCAUUCGAUUUUUUUGUACGUUUUCCCGGUCGUCGUGAAAGACGACCGCGAUCGUUCUCAGGUUUAGUCUAGGAGUUAAGCGCCUGGUGCACAAGAGCUGACCACGGUCGCCCCCGUCCCCCAACAUCCCCUUAAGUCAUAACGCACGCUGGAACAGCAGGAGUAAAUUCUUGCUAGGUGGGAUUUGUAUCUGGGGGGGGGGGGGGCAGAGUGGGCGUGACCUGAGCGAUUUGCUUUUGCAGCCAUUGGCUGUUUUGGUGUGAUGGACACCCCUCGCGCAGGUGGGCAGGCACACUGGCUCAACCGCAGGGUACUCGUCCGCAGCUUGAAGCUCAGGUUUAAGCCCGUAGUCCACAGAGCUGCAGCACAUCUGAAGCUAGUCCUCAUUUCUCAGACUCGGCUGCAGUUCCGGUGCUCAAACUGCGGUCCCGCGGUUUAAACCCGGUUUAACCGCAGCUAACCGCGGUGCAGCUCGGCCGGAACGUUCCGGGGGGGGAGGAUUCUUUCUGGUUCACAUUUACUCCCUCAUCUCCUUUUCUGUACAGAGGCGUGUUCACUUUUUGGGGGCGGUUUUAGAGGUGAAGUCAGCAGAAUGGAUGGAAGAGAGAGAUUUGAACGCUCGUUCUCAUAGCCAGUCAUAUAUACAGACUAUUAACUGCUGCAACGCUUGCUGCAUUCUGUUUGAUUGUGGGUGGGGGGGGGGGGGGGUGAAGAACUGAAUGUUUUGUUUUUUUUUAAAAGUGGUCCAAACUAAAUUUCUUCAUGUUACUGUUUAAAUAUUAAUAAAUGAUUCACGUAUA